AUGUCAUCUUCAAUUCAAUUGCUUAAUCCAAAAGCAGAAUCAUUGAGACGUGCCCAAGCUCUACAAGUAAACAUUAAUGCCGCCCAAGGUUUACAACUGGUAUUAGCGUCAAAUUUAGGCCCUAAAGGAACAUUGAAAUUAUUAGUUGAUGGAUCUGGUGGAUUAAAAUUAACUAAAGAUGGGAAAGUUUUAUUAACAGAAAUGCAAAUCCAACAUCCUACUGCAGUCAUGAUUGCUCGUGCUGCUACUGCUCAAGAUGAAAUUACUGGUGAUGGUACCACUACUGUUAUUUUAUUAGUUGGUGAAUUAUUGAAACAAGCAGAAAGAUUUAUCAGUGAGGGUGUUCAUCCACGAGUUAUUGUUGAUGGAUUUGAAGUAGCACGUGAAACAUCAUUAGAAUUUCUUGAUCAAUUUAAACAAAAAGUUGCCUCAUUUGAUCGUGAAUUUCUUUUACAAAUUGCUAGAUCUUCUUUGUCUACUAAAGUUACUCCUGAAUUGGCUGAUGUUUUAACUCCAAUCGUAACUGAUGCUGUUUUAACAGUCAAGGAAGAAAAUCAAAGAAACUUGGAUUUACACAUGAUUGAAAUUAUGACCAUGCAACAUGGUAGUGCCAGAGAUACAGAAUUAAUAAAAGGAUUGGUAUUGGAUCAUGGUGCUAGACAUCCAGACAUGCCUAAAAACGUCAAGAAUGCUCAUAUUUUGAUUCUUAAUGUUUCAUUGGAAUAUGAAAAAACUGAAGUUAACUCUGGAUUUUUCUACUCUUCUGCUGAACAACGUGAGAAAUUGGUUGCUUCUGAAAGAAAAUUUGUUGAUGACAAGUUGCGUAAGAUUAUUGAAUUGAAGAAUGAGGUUUGUCCUUUGAAUUCUGAUCAAGGAUUUGUUAUAAUAAAUCAAAAGGGAAUAGAUCCAAUGUCUUUGGAUGUAUUAGCCAAGAAUGGUAUAUUGGCCUUGAGAAGAGCUAAAAGAAGAAAUAUGGAACGUUUACAAUUAAUAUGUGGAGGUGAAGCACAAAAUUCUGUGGAUGAUUUAACUCCAGAAGUUUUAGGUUACGCUGGAUCUGUAUAUGAAAAUUCGAUUGGUGAGGACAAGUUCACAUAUGUUACUGAAUGUAAGGAUCCAAGAGCCGCUUCUAUCUUAAUCAAGGGAUCCAAUAGUCACUCUUUACAACAAACCAAAGAUGCUAUUAGAGAUGGUUUAAGAGCUGUUGCCAAUGUUAUCAAAGAUGAAUCUAUUUUACCGGGUGCUGGUGCAUAUUGGAUGAGUUGUAACGAUUAUUUAUUACACAGUGAUGAAACAAAGAAGAUCUUGAAGGGUAAGAACAAGUCAGGUAUUAAAGCUUUUGCUGAAGCUCUUUUAAUUAUCCCAAAAACUUUAGCCGCAAAUGCUGGUUUAGAUCAAUUGGAUACUAUCUCCAAUUGUCAAGAUGAAAUAAUUGAUGGUCAUAUUGUUGGUGUUGACUUGAAAUCAGGAGAACCAAUGGAUCCUACUGUUGAAGGUAUUUGGGAUUCAUACCGUGUAGUUAGAAAUGCUGUUUCUGCUGCCACUGGUAUUGCAUCUAAUUUGUUGUUGUGUGAUGAAUUGUUGAAAGCAGGUAGAUCUUCAUUGAAGGAAGGAGGUGGUCAACCUGGUGGACCACCUGGUGGAAUGAUGCCUCCAGCUGGAAUGAUGUAA